AUGAGGUUGCAAUCGUCAACAGAUUUGACAGCAUACAGGCAACUGAACAGACUGAUCUCCAAAUGCAUGCGGAGCGACUUGCGCAACUUCAAUACUGCUCGUAUUGAAGAAGCGAUAGAGCGAAAACAGGGCUCCAAAGUCUUUGCCAGAGAUCUGUCUGCCAGUAAGAGCCAACUGUCAAAGCUGAAGACUGAAUGUGGCAGCAUCGAUUCCGGGACACCUGAGAUGCUAAGUGAGGUUGAGAGGUACUAUGGGCAGCUGUACACAUCAUCGUUGGAGCCACACGCAAGUGUGAGUAACGAUCCAAGAGCAAGUCUUAUCUGA